AUGCUUGGAACUUUAGAUGCAAACAAGAAACAGAACUGGAAGUCACAUGUUGCAACUAUGGUACAUGCAUAUAACUGUACUAAACAUGAGUCGACAGGCCAGUCACCUUAUUUCCUCAUGUUUGGUCGAGAGCCGAAUUUGCCGGUGGAUAUAGCAUUUGGUCUAACUAGAGAAGACAAGAAAGAACCACAGACCAAGUAUAUUCAAGAAUUAAGAGAAAGACUACUGGAAGCAUAUAGAGUGGCGGCAGAACAGAUAAAAAGAGCUCAGAAGAAACAAAAAGACAGAUAUGACUUAAGAUCCAGAGGCACAGUAGUACAACCUGGUGAUAAAGUACUUGUCAAAAUUGUAGCCUUAGAUGGCAAGCAUAAACUGGCCAAUAAAUGGCAAGAUGAUAUAUAUGUAGUGAUAAAACAACCUAAUCCAGGGAUUCAUGUUUAUACAGUGAAGAAGCUGAAUGGUCAAGGCAAGGAAAGAACAUUACAUAGGAAUGUUUUAUUUCCUAUUAGGUUUAUAUCGGAGAAUAAUGUAGAUUCCACAAAGAUUUCAACACAUACUGAAAGGAAAACAAGACCAAUUCCAAAGCCAAGAACAAAACCUAAAACUAUAAUUCAUGAAAACUCAUCAUCAGAAGAGGAGGAUGCAGAAAAAGUAGUUGUAGUUACUGAGGAUAGUCUGACUCCACCCAGUCAUGACCAAGAUGUUCAGUUUUCUACUGAAAAUGUUGUAACGGAAGUAGAAGGAAGCACUUCAGAGACGGAUAUUGAUGGAACAAAGGAAACAGAAAACACCGGUGUUGAAGAGAAUAUAGGAGAUACUGUUGAUGAUAGUAUUGAAGAUACUGCUGUAGAUAAAGACAGUGUUGCAGAUGUUGAUGAAGAGAAUAUUCAGGAUGAUGAGUUACAUGGAACCCAGGCUAAUGAAGAAGAUAUCGAUUCAGAAGUUGGGGCUGAGGCUGAGGAACUUGAUUCUGCAGUCACAGCUGACACUGAAGUUGAAGCUGAGGCUGAGGAAAUUGAUUUUGCAGUUAAAGCUGAUACUGAAUUUGAGGACCAGGAAGAAGUUGAAGAAGAUGAAGUAGUCCCUAGGCGUUCAAUCAGAAAGAAAGGAAAGCCAAAGUGCAUGAAUACGGGUGAAGUUGUAUCGAAAUCUUCUAUAUCAAGAGAUCGAGUGUGGAAAGAAAAAGCUGACUAUGUUAUACAAUUGGUUCAGAAUGGUGUGAUUAAAGAGACACCAAAUUCUACAGAUGCAAUUUUACAAAUUAUUUUAAAAUCAUAA